ACUACCGGGAGACCAUCAAGACCAGCAAUGCAUAUCGGCUUUGUAUUUCUGUAUACGUUCCUUUAUUAAUAACGGAACCUGUUUCCGUUUUAUGUGAACACUUCGGUCAUGCACACAUUGAUAUAUAUUUUUUAAAUGGUUGAUGAAGCGAAGUCGGAAGAGGAGUACCUAAAAAGUUAAAACGAAAAAAGAUACCAAAGCACCAAUCAACCAUCACCAUGUACGGCCCGCAGACCCUCACCUGUAAAAAUCUCCAGGAAUACCUCAAGUCGCUGAGCAGGGAUAUUCUCGACAGGCUAUACAACCACCCAGCCACCUGCCUGGCUGUAUUCAGGUAAGAAACUCAUGGAGCUUCCAGCCCUGAGUCGACAGUUCAUCUUGCGGCUACUCUUUGUCAACAAGCCAGUUGCUCAGGUCCUGCUGGCAUCGUGGAUCCCUCAGCAUGAUGCAGGCAGGGAUGUGGGAGACAUCGCAGCUGAGCACCGACAGGGAACACAAGUCCUGUUAGACAUGUGUAUCUGGCAGGAGGUAAAGGACCAACAAGGCAACAUGGCAAUUAGACUGAGCUCUACUUUCCGAGAGAACCUCAAGGUGGCCAUUCUUGGAGGAGGGAGACCAUGGACUAUGUCAGCCACACUUGAUUCAGAUCCCCACCAAAGGAAUGUGGAAUUUCUUGACAAGUAUGCCAUGGAUCGCUGGGAAAGUGUGUUACAGUUCUUGGUCCAGCCAGGACGGGGACAAAAGGCAAUCUCACGUGAUGCUAUGAGAACGUUGCUUCAUGCUGGUCUUAUAGAAAGCAGUGGAGAGUCUGACAACAUGCAGAUCACAAGUGCAGGCUUCCAGUUUCUGCUUUUGGACACUGCAUCACAAGUGUGGUUUUUUAUCCUCAAGUACCUGGAAACUGUGACUGAACGAGGCAUGAGCUUAGUUGCCUGUCUCACCUUUCUCUUCAAACUCUCUUUUUCAACUCUCGGCAAGGAUUAUAGCAUGGAGGGAAUGGACAAUGAACUCCUCACCUUUCUGCAACACCUACGGGAGUUUGGUCUAGUGUACCUACGCAAAAGAAGCUCUGGAAGAUUCUACCCAACAAGACUUGCCCUCAAUAUCACUGCUGGCCAGAACAAGGGUAUCAUAGAUGUCCCAAAGCAAGGCAAUCUCAUAAUUGAGACAAACUACCGUGUUUAUGCAUAUACCACAUCAGAGUUGCAGAUUUCCCUUCUUGCCAUUUUCUGUGACAUAGAGGGAAGGUUUCCUAACAUGGUGGUGGCAAGUAUUUCACGCAGCAGUGUACGGAGAGCCCUCCUAAAAGGCAUUGGGGCUGAACAGAUCAUCAGUUUCUUGAAGCAACAUUGUCAUCCACAGAUGUACAAGUUAAGCAGUGUUGUUCCUCGCACAGUAGCAGACCAGAUCAAGCUGUGGGAGAUGGAGAGAGAGCGCUUGGAGUUCACCGAAGGAGUUCUUUACAAAGACUUCAUGUCACUACAUGAUUUUAACUUGCUAUCAAAUUAUGCUUCAAGCAAUGGUGUUCUUAUUUAUUCUGAUGAAAGACAAAGAACAAUGGUAGUAACAAAGAAGGGGCAUCCAAGCAUCAAGACAUUUUGGAAAGAAGAGCAAGCUAAGUAAAUGUGAAAUAAGCUUAAUGUACAGAUCAGAAUGUAUUUAUUUUUUAUAAUAAUGAAGUGUAUUUGAUAGGAAUGUGUGCAUUAUAUAUACAUAAAAGGACAACUAGGAGAGUUCUUGUGGGAAUAACCAAGUGGUGUAGAAAAAAAAAUCCUAAUAAGAUUUGAGUUUUUACAAAAAGUUUGGUGUAGAAAAAAAAAUCCUAAUAAGAUUUGAGUUUUUACAAAAAGUUAAGUUAAUAUUCAUAAUUUCAAAGGAUGUUUUGAAUAAAAAUAAAGAAAAUUAAUAUAAA